AUGUCCGCCAAAUCAGCUCCGUCCAAGGGCAAUCCCCGCGGCGGUGUUACCGACGAUCCUCUGGUAUGGAUAGAUUGCGAGAUGACCGGCUUAAACCCGGAUACGGAGGAAAUCAUUGAAAUAUACUGCAUCCUGACAACCGGCAACAUGGAGGUCAUCGACGAAGAGGGUUUCCAUGCCGUUAUCCACUGUCCAGAGGCGCGGAUGGACCAGAUGGACGAGUGGUGCACCAAAACGCAUGCUGGCUCGGGUCUGACAGCGGCGGUACUCGCAUCUCAGUUAACUCCAGAGGCUGCCGCAGACGGUCUCUAUGAAUACAUUACCAAAUUUAUCCCGGAACGAAAAAAGGCUCUCUUGGCCGGCAACAGUGUCUAUGCCGACCGGGGGUUUCUGCGCAAAGAGCCGUACACAAAGGUCAUGAAACACUUGCACCAUCGCAUUCUCGAUGUAAGUGCAAUCAAGGAAGCCGCCAGGCGAUGGUGCAGCCAAGAUAUUCUGGCCAAUGUGCCCACCAAAAAGGCCAAGCACAAGGCGAGAGACGACAUUUUGGAGAGCAUUGAGGAGGCCAAGUACUAUCGCGAUGCAAUUUUCAAGCGAUAG